AUGUCAAUUAACCAAUUAGAAGCAGACUAUGUAUUUGUCUAUGGUGACAAGAAAUCCAAUGAAUUAACUUCAUUGAUUGAAUUGUUACAUGACAAAGGAUUUUACACUCAAAUUAGAGAUAAUGAUGAGAAUUCGUUGUUAGUAUUCUUGAAAAUUGCUAGUUAUAGAUAUAGUGAAUUGGCUGAAAAAGAUUUGAUUAAGAACUAUGAAUUUGGAGUUGUUUCAUCAAUUGAUAAUCAAGCUGAUAAGUUGAGAAUUAUCAAUGAAUAUUUAACCGGUUCCACUAUUGAUGAUUUAAAUUUGAAUAAAUUCAAACAUGUUAAAGAUUUGACUCCAAUUACACCUAUCAUCAAAUUUUCAACUAUUUAUCAAGAUGUGUCUAAACAUUUGUUGAACUUCCAAAACCCUUCAUCAAAUUUCAUCAAAGAGAAUUUCGGUAUUCAUAUUGCUAUUUAUUUCGAAUUUUUGAAAUAUUUACUUGUGUGGUUAUUCUUUUUAUCGAUCUUUGGAUUAAUUAGUUACUUCAAAUCCAAACAUGUAUUCUCAUUAACUUAUUGCUUUGUCAAUUUGAUUUGGGGGGUUUUAUUCAUCAGUUUUUGGAAAAAAAGAGAAAAAUACUUGAUCAAUUACUGGGGUAAUGCUAAUUAUCAUUACAUUCAAGAUCAUAAAUUGAAAUUAGUCAAUAUCAACGAAUACUUUGAAACCAAAUCUUCUUAUAAACAUAACUCCAAUUAUGAAGGGUAUAAGUUUUUGAAACAAUUGAUUUUCGUUCCUAUCAGUUUAAUUUUCAUGGCUGUUUUAGUUUGUUAUCAAUUAUGUUGUUUUGCAUUAGAAAUCUUCAUAAAUGAAAUUUAUGAUGGUCCAGGAAAAUCCUUCGUUUCUUUAGUUCCGACUGUUUUAAUUUCAGUUUUCGUACCAAUCUUUUCAAUGGUUUACAAUGCUGUGGUUAAUGUUGUUAUCAAAUUAGAAAAUCAUAAUAACUCCUACACAGAAAGUAACUCAAUUUUGAUUAAACAAUUCAUUUUGAACUUUUUAACAAGUUAUAUGCCCUUAUUGAUAACUUCUUUCAUUUACUUACCAUUUGCUCAUUUAAUCAAACCAAAUUUAACUAUGAUCAGAUCAUCAAUCGAAUCGAAUUUGAACUCCGAUUCUAUCUAUUAUAAAUACUUGACCCAUUUGAAGAACCAAAGUGAAUUCAAUAUGAAUCAAGAUAGAUUAAACUUACAAUUCAACUAUUUCAUCGUUACUAAUCAAGUAGUACAAUUGGUCAUGAAAUAUGUUUUACCUCACAUUAUCAGUUUCGUUAUGUCAUUUGUCUCACCAAAAACCUAUAAACCUAAAGAUAACGAAGAAGAAGCAAAAUGGUUGGACAAUGUCCGUAAAUACGUUUCAUUACCAUAUUAUAAUGUUAAUGAUGAUUUUAGAUUUAUCGUUGUUAAUUUUGGUUAUCUUGUAUUAUUUGGACCUGUUUGGUCUUUAGCUCCAUUAAUUACCAUGAUUUUCUUCAUUAUAACUAUCAAAUUGGAUUAUUUCAAAUUAUUGAAUGGUAAAUAUUUCAAACCUCCAGUUCCUGAAAGAGUGGAUUCUAUCUACCCAUGGAAUUACGGUUUAUUCAUCUUGUCCUGGAUAGGUUCAAUUGUUGCUCCCGCAAUUACUACCUUUUAUAGACACGGAAAUUUACCUCCUAAAUCAAUGGGUCAAUUUACCUUGGAUAAAGCUAGUAUCAAUGUCAAAACCUCCAACUUAAUUUUCAUUUUAUUGAUUUCUGAACAUGUGUUCUUGAUCAUUUGGUUUGUCCUCAAUAAAAUCUUUAGUUUAUUCAAAUCCGAUAUCGAAUGGGAAAAUGAUUUCUCCGAUAAUGAUAUCAAGUUGAGACACGAUUAUUAUUCAGGUAAAGUCAAAGGUUCAUUCCCAGUUAUAGGUGAUGGUGAAUGGGAAGGUUUCCAAGCUAAAGAUUCAAUCACUCAAGCUACUUCAAUCAUUGAAGGUGGAGCCCCAGUUGUUACCUCAUCUGUUCCAGUGGGUAAAUCUUCAGGUAUCGAUACCAGAGAUUAUCAAGAGUUAAAGAAUGUCAAAGACAAAUCUGAUGAUAUCAUCAAAGUACCAAGUCAAGAAGGUGGCUCAGAAUUUGCAACCAUUGAUAACGUUCAACAUAUUGAUCCAAAAGGAGAUUUCAACGAAGUUGAAAAUAGAUAUCAACAAGAUUUCGAAGCCAAAAACAACUUACCACAAGCCGAAGAUAUCGUACAAGGAAAUAAUGGUGAAGAGGAAGAGGAAGAAGAAAUCGAAGACAUCGAAGAUAACGAUUCAACACCUUCAUCAGGUUCGAAACCAAAAAAGAGAAGUCCUUUAAAGAAAUUAUUGAAGAGAAAUAAGUAG